AUGCUUACCCCGGGAAUUGAACACACGACACAAGCGAAACAGCCUACGUGUCCGCAUUCUAUCAUCGAGUAUGUUUUCUUUCUUGGGUUCAUUUUGCUUCAUGUUGCUGAUGUUACCGCUGUUAGCAGUCCGACAUCGUCCAGUUUUUCUCUCUUUUCCGUGCAGUCAUCUGCUGAUCUCAAUUCUCGCUUCGCGCUCACGUUUUCAUUCUUUCACUCGCAAUUUCACAACGCCACUCGAUUCCGAAAUCCUUUAAAUAUAUUUAAUUUAUCUUUCUUUCUUUCUUUCUUUCUUUCUUUCUUUCUUUCUUUCUUUUGCUUUCAUUCAUUCAUUCUAAACCCUUUAUCUCUCCCUAACUCACGCUCUCUCUCUCUCUCUCUCUCUCUCUCUCUCUCUCUCUCUCUCUGUCUAUCUUUCUCUCGAUACGUUGUUAACGCCUUUUGGUCCGUACCUGUUUUUACCUGGCUGAAUGUAACUUUACCUUUUUCCCGAUUACCUAAACGGAUCGCUUUCUUUGAAUAUAAAUCAUUUUAUUACUAA